AUGUCCUCUGGUUUUUAGAGCAGCUCUCAGUCAGACUGUGUCAGUGUUUGUCAAGUGAACAGAGGAACAUGGCUUCAUCCUUUCUCAGCUUCUCGCUCCUCUUCAUCAGCCUCUGCUCAGCAGAUGGAUUUCGGUGGUAUGGGCUGGACCGCUGUGAUUUUAACUCCACUGAGCUGAAGGACAUCGAGUACACCAGGUCUGUAUAUUACAACAAAGUGGAGUACGCCCGGUUCAGCAGCAGUGAGGGGAAGUUUGUUGGAUUAAGUGAAUACGGACUGAAGAACGCUGAUUACUGGAACAGUGAUCCUUCAUAUCUGGCUGCGAUGAGAGCUCAGAAGGAGACGUACUGCGAACACAACAUCGGGAUCUGGUACAGCAACAUUCUGACUAAAUCAGCGGCGCCCUACGUCAGGCUGAGCUCCACGGCGCCCUCCGGUGGGAAACACCCCUCCAUGUUGGUCUGCAGCGUCUUCGACUUCUACCCCCAACAGAUCCGAGUGAGCUGGCUCAGAGACGGACAGGAAGUCACCUCUGAUGUCACUUCCACCGACGAGCUGGCAGACGGGGAUUGGUACUACCAGAUCCACUCUCACCUGGAGUACACGCCCAGCAGGUCUGGAGAGAAGAUCUCCUGUGUGGUGGAGCACGCCAGCCUGAAAGAGCCUCUGGUGACCGACUGGGACCCGUCCAUGCCCGAGUCCGAGAGAAACAAGAUCGCCAUCGGAGCCUCAGGACUGAUCCUGGGUCUGAUCUUAUCUCUGGCUGGAUUCAUCUACUACAAGAGGAAGGCCCGAGGAAGGAUUCUGGUUCCCACUAACUGAGCCUGGACCUGGUCCUGGAUCCUGUAGCUGUUGGUCAGACGGAGGAAAAAGCAGCUGCUGCUUCAACCUGCUUCCUGUGUUUUCAGCUCAGCAGACUGUCGGUGCUGCCACCUGCUGGACUGGCUGAACUCCUGAUUCUCUGCUGGUCUCUGUACUCUGGUACUCUGCUGGUCUAAACCUUGAUCCAGGACUGUCGGACCACCGUCCUGUUAAACUGUCUGAGGACUGUUAAAGUCCUUCAGAAACCAUCAGGACCGGUAUUCGCUCUGACAGCCCUGGACCAGGUUUAGUCUGGCCUCUGGAUCUGGACUCUGCUUCCUCUACAUGUGAUCUGAUGCUUUACUGUGUGAAAUCAAUAUUUUACAGCCAUAAAUAUGAUCUCCAAUAUAAUCCAGUGGUCUGAAUGAUUCUGGGCUCGUAGGUUGUGUGAUUGUUAGAUUUACAUAUUUUACUGAGUGAAACGUUUUCUAACCAAUAAACCAUCAGAAAACUCUG